AUGGCAGAAGUUAUCGGUAUAAUUGCCAGCGUCAUAACCAUUGUCAACCUGGCGAAACCCACUACCAGGUUUGUAGAAGCGUUAUACAAAAUCGCCAAAGACGAUGGCUCGAUGGAAGACGAGAUUAUUUCUGUUGCGGAGCACAUUGAGUCUGCAUACGAAACCAUUGAGCUCGCACGAUUACGGCUCAAAGACAACUGUGAUCGGAUUAAAGCAAUGGACUAUCCAGCUUCAAGAGUUGCCAAAUACAUUGAGAGAGGCAACCUGAAAGAAUCAAUCCGGAAACUCACAGAAUAUUUCGAGUACCAGCUAGCCAAGGCAGAAAAAAGCUUGAUAAAUUCCAGGUCAAGCAAUUUCCGGAUCGUGAACGGGAUGAAAUGGUACCUUUGGACAAACAUGGAAAUGACUACGAUUUUUACCACGUUGGACAGGGUCGUUAUGUACCUCUCCAUCAUGGGCCCCAUCUUGGAACUGGAGAUCACAACUUAUCUUAUGGAUCGAGCAGGAGGAGAGAUAGCUCAAUUGUUGAAAGUGCACAUUCAUUCCCUACGAGAUCAGCUUGAGCAAUCAGAGAGGGUCGUGAAGAAAGCUGUCCGCAGUAAGAGACUAGAGAAGAACCAUGGGAAAGAUUUUAUUGCAGAAUUUGAAGAUUGUGCAACGCUACUUGUCGGUCUAUCAGAAAGCAUGCGCCGGACUGGGACUGUUCCCACCGACAAGAGGGCACGGAGGCAUGGUGAACGGAAACGACGACGUAGGCACACAUCGGAUCAAUCAUCCACGAGCAGUAGAGAUUCUCUCUCAACUUCAACAUCCGGGUCAUCACAGCAGACUGCUAGUUCCACCGAUGGUUCAUCGAUUCAGACAACACCUAUACUCAAUGUACGGAUGUCUCGUUCGUAUCAUAGGCCACCGAGACAACAGUUUCCACCUUUUCCACAGUCGCGACAGAACCCCCAGCCGCCUCAUAUGACCGAGAUAUCCCAGACGCCAGAAGUGACUCAGACUCCUACGAGUGAUCGGUAUGUAGAUAUCGGAUCAUCGGUUGAAGGAGGAUGGAUAAGAGACCCCGGAGAACCAAAUGUGCCGCCUCACAAAAUCAGCUCGAUAACGGAUCCACGUGUAUUUGGCAACUACAUCUCGUUUGUAAAAGCCGAGGAACUCGGUUUACAAAUAAAGGAACUGGAACCAGAUGAUGCUCACCACCCAUCACAAUCAACAGAAACUAACAAUCGCGUGGGCCGAGUCAUAGGAAAGGUUUCGGGGAUAGAAUGGCGACAAAAGAGGAAUUCGAAACCUAUCAUCGUUGACUUUUGGGUUACAAAGUUGCAUCCCAGUAGGAUGACUGAACAGUUGAUCUUUGGGACCGAAUUUGUAAAGAAGCUUCGAAGAGUUUCCGAGAUGGAGAGAUAG